CCUCGUAGCCUCCAAAAAACCACUCGACCCUCUCCUCCAAAACCUACGGCUUCUUCCUCCUCCUCCAGCCUCCUGUUUCUCUCUCUCUCUCUCGAUCGACCCCGCAACUAUAUAAGCACUUACUCCCUUGUAUUUCUCCUUCAAACAAACCACUCAACAACAUCAAUCAAAACACGAAUCCGAAGCAUUGACACAGAUUCCCGAUUCUCCCGGCAAAAACCCACAAAAAAUUUCCAACCAUGAACGCCGGAAAACAAGCUUCGUGGGCUGUUGCCAUGGCGAUCGCGGCGGUGGAAGCGCUCAAAGACCAAGGCGUCGCCCGGUGGAAUUAUCCCCUGAGAUUGCUUCAGAAGAACGCCAUGGCUCGUGUCCGUGCGAUCUCUGUGCCCGCUCGCCCUUCUUCUUCACCGAAUUCGUCGUCGUUGUCGGAGGCUGAUUGCGUGAGAUCUAGUGGCGUGACGAAAUCGGAGGCUACAAUGGAGAAAGUUAUGGGUAUUAGCUGUUUCGGUCCCACUACUGUUAGAUUCUAGUUCCCUGUCUUGCUUUGUUCUGAUUUCUUGGAGCCCCUUUUACGAAUCUACAAAAUGGCGUGCGUGUAAAUUUUGGGGUUAGAUUUCGAAACGGAAUUCCGGGUUUUUGUUUGUUUGCCGAGAAAUCUUCCAGAAACGCCGGAAAUUAUACAGA